AUGCCCGUGGCAAUGAACCGGAGACGCGUGAACAAUUUCACAUAUGUCAGCCCUUGCGUCAAGUACAUGAUAUUUUUGCUGAACUUUUUGUUUUGGUUGUUUGGCGGUUUGCUGGUGGCAGCCGGUACAUUUGCGUUUUACGAAAAAUGGAAUACUAUGGGUUCUAUCAAGUUGAACACCUUCUCGGACGUCAUACUCAAUAUCUCCCUAGUUCUGAUCAUAGCCGGACAAAUUAUAUUCAUUGUUAGCUUUGCCGGAUGUAUCGGUGCUCUACGUGAAAACACAACACUUCUUAAAUUCUUUCCUUUCAAAAAUAUUGCUGCUCAGAUUACAAAUGUUUGUGUCAGCAAUUUAAAUGUUUCACGAGCACCGAAUUUCAGUACAAAAAAUACUGAUAAAUUAAAGAAGUCAAAACCCAGAAGCAAUGAUGAAAUUAUUUUUAAGCUACUUGAUUCUUAUGACGAAAUACUCAAUAUUCAAGCCAAGUAUCCAAUAUACACUAAUAAUUUAAAACCAAAGAACGACAGUCAAUUAAAUUUUUAUAAAAAAUAUGUAAAUAUUGAUAGAGAUCAAAUACUUAACCUAAUGUUUAAUACUAGGGAGCAAGCAAAUAUUAGUGCUUGGCGGUUGCAUAGACAAACAAGACUCUCGGCAAGUUCAAAAGCUCAUCAGAUAAAUACAAGACGUAACAGAAACGAGGAAUUGGCUGAACGGUUUAUAAAAGACAAAAAAAUUUUAGGAAAAGGUUUAAUAUAUGUGGAAUAUGGAAUUGGGAUGGAAGAUUUUGCUUCUAAAAAGUAUUCACUGGUACAUAACGCAGAUGUUAUAAAGUGUGGCCUAGUAAUACAUCAAAAACAACCAUGGAUUUGUGCAAGUCCAGAUGGUUUAGUCAUUCAUGACAAUAAAGUAAAAAAACUGUUGGAAAUAAAGUGUCCAUACACUUGUAAAGACACCUUAUUGAUCGAUGAAGAUACUGGAAAGCUUAGAGUUCCAUACUUAAGUUACAAUGAAGAACUGAAUACAAUUGUUUUAAAACAAAACCACGUCUAUUUUACGCAGUGUCAAAUUCAGAUGUACUGUACUGGGAUGGAGGAAUGUGAUUUGUUUGUUUGCACAAAAGCUGACUGCAUAACUGUUUCCGUCAAGAGAGACAAUUUAUUUCUUGAAAAAUUAGUCAGAAAAAUGGAAUAUUUUUACUACAAUUACUACCUUCCUGAACUAACAAAAAUUAAUUCUUAG